CACUCUUUCUCUCUCUCUCCCUCUCUCCCCUCUCUCUCUCUCACACACAACUGAGGGGAAAGAAAGAGAGUCACUAUAACGUGUGUGAGUGUGUGUUUUGGUCCGAGCGCAAAUCCACUCACAAAUUCUCUUUCAUCCAUAAAAAAAAGAAGAAAAACUUGUGUAGUCUGAGCAACCCUUUCUGCUUUGUCUUCUCUCUCUCUAAAACCGUCGUCUCGCCUUCAAGAAACAGCAAAUACUCGAUAAUUCCCUUUCCAUUUUUUUUUUUUUAUUUUCACGAAGAAAAAUCCAAUCUUUGAGUGUUACUCUGUAGGAUUAUAAAAAUUUGUCGGAUUUAUGUGAAACCCACCUUACUCUCAUUGACCCACUGUGUUUUUAUCAUCUGUAUUAACCUCAGAAAGAGAAGAAAAAAAAAAGGUGUGAAUGAGAAGGAAUUAGAGAGAGUUAAACUCAAUUAUCAGAUCGCUUACUCCGUCGAUCGUCUUGUUUCAUUCCAAGAUCCUCCUGAAACUGUUGUACUUUUGCCCAUAGCAUUUUCUUUCUUUCUGUCUGUCUUUUUUCUUUUCUAUUUUUUUUUUCCAUUAUAUAAUUACAGAAAAUGCAACGUGAAAGGGGUGCCUUCAAUUCCUUUCCCGAACCAAUCGAUUUGAACCAAGGCUCUGUUCCCAACAGCACCACCUCUAUGGACCACCGCUCGUCUUCUUGGGACAACAUGCUGAGCCCCGUCGAAAAUAGACUCUCGAAUUACAUGCUCGGGUCCACCACGGACCUAAACGUCACUUGCACGAACGCCACUAGUGACACCUGUCACAAUUUCAGUGGCUGGGACCGUGGAGAAUCCAGCUCCAGCACACAUGAUAGAGCCGAUUCCAAAACGAGCCCUGGGUGGUCUAAUCUUUUCGAUUCAUGCCCUUUACCCGACCCAACUUCAGAUAACUGGUCUUUCAGGCCAUCUUCUUCCAGCAGGCCUGCUGCUAGCAUGCAAAAUUACAACUCUGCCCCUGUCGGCCUCAAUUUGAACUCUAAUGACGGGUACGAAAGGGAGACUCAUCGUUUUUACAAGUCAGAUUGCUCGGAAAUCGACCGAACUCCCACAUUUUACGCUUCUUCGAGUAAUUUAGGAGCUCUUAUGGGCGGCGGCUCGAGUGCUUCAGUAGACAAUGAUGAAGCAUCAGGCCCGUUGGGCCCGCCUUUCGGUUCUUGGGGUUCGUCUUGCAAGAGAAAGGCUCUCGAGGGUACCUCUAGUGGAAGUUCGAGCUCUAACGGGCAGAACCCUUUUCCCGAUAAUUACCCUUCUCGAGGAAAUUUAAGCAUAAUAUCAUCUGCUCCGCUCGACUUGCCUUCUCCAGCUAAUAAUAACCAAGAACAGGUUAAUAAUAAUAAUAAUCCCAGCACUGGUUUUUUCUCAUCCUCUAGUGGCGGUUUAACCGAAAGCCCGGCUAGAAAUUUCGCUUCAAGAUCGAAUCUUGCACUUCGUGAGCCGAUUCUAUUCGAUAAUUCAAGAAUCACUUCUUCAAGGAACAACCUCAGUGCUUAUUCCCCCGAGUCGAGAUCACCCGUGACAAUUACAAUGAGCCCAAACGCGCCCUUAAGCCCAAACGAGUCUACCAGAGGAGGAGCACAUCCUUACCCAGUUUGGAACGGGCCUUCGGGCUCUAGAGCUCGGGCCCGUGAAGAAAUCAGUGUGAGGACUUAUCGAAGAACUAAUAAUAAUAAUAAUAAUGUUGAGUACCCUCGAAAUGCCUCGGCCUCGCAAGAUCAAGUGGAUUGGAGUUUUGUGCCCGGGAAUUCGUUGUCUUCAAGAAAUCACUCGUUGGGCUUGCGGGCCUGCCAGGGUUCUGGAGGCAAUCGGGCCUCGUCAUCUGCUUAUGUGGCUCCUCAUCCGAGCCCGCCAUCUCAAAAUCAUCAGAGGUGGCCCGAGACUGCCACGUGGGCGCCUUAUCAUCGUGGUGAAAGUGAAUCCUCCGGGAUUAGGAGGGGUCACUUUGUCCCGCAUUUGGGUUCUCAUUCGGAUGAGGCGGGCCCCAGCAGCAGCAUCCGUUCGCGAAAUCAAUUGGAUCAGAGGUCGACGGGGUUUUUGAUGGAUGUGACUGGUGAUGAUGUCAGCGGGUGGCGCUCGAUAGCGGCUGUAGAGAGCAGGCAUAGGCUGAUUCGUCAAGUGCUGAGUGCCAUGCGUAGGGGUGUCCACUUACAGGCUGAGGAUUAUAUGCUCGCUGACCCUUUUAUAAGUGGAUUUGCCGAGUUGCACGAUAGACACAGAGAUAUGAGGCUUGAUGUUGACAAUAUGUCAUAUGAGGAAUUACUGGCUUUGGAGGAACGAAUAGGAAAUGUGAGCACUGGAUUGACUGAGGAACGAAUUACGGGCACUAUGAAACAAAGGAAAUUCAACUCGAUUGGUGUCUUGUCAAACUUGGAGCCAUGUUGUGUUUGCCAGGAGGAUUACAUCACUGGGGACGAUAUCGGGAUAUUGGAUUGUGGGCACGAGUUUCACUCGGGCUGCAUCAAACAAUGGCUCACGGUCAAGAAUCUGUGCCCCAUCUGUAAGAUGACGGGCUUGGGAAUUUAAAACCGAGACCUCAAGAGUUCAGUUGCUUUGCACCCCUUUUCACCUUAUUUCUGUUUAAUUUAAAAACUUCGGCCGGACACUGGUUUUUUCGUACUUUGAUACUCUAUAUAAAGUUCAAAACUCUGUGAUUUAUGAACAAUUUUGUAAUUCUUCCAUAAACCAAAAAUGAGAAAAAAAAAAUAUAAAUAAAAUUGGGACCUUGAGAACAUUUGGCUGAUUAAUAACUUCCAAAUGAUAUUUCUGGAGAUUAUUAGUAUUAUAGUUGUUAUGCUUAUGGUGUUAAUUGUUGUGGCUUGAUGUUUUGUUAUGGUGAUUAUGUUCCUUCUAAUCUCAGAUUUAGAACUUGAAAUUAGAAGCAUGGUGAUGAUUGUCUUACGA